GUUUCCCCCACCAACCAACCAACCUGUGUCUGGGAGAGACGAUGGGCUAUCUUACUUAUCUUGGUGUGGGUGCGGUGGCUUGGAUAGUGUAUCAAUGGAUUCUGUUUACGAUUACGGCGCGAAAGCUUCGCCAUAUUCCGACGCUGGGUCCAGAUGGAUUCAUUUCGUCGUACAUUGCAGCUUGGAAGUUUGUGCGUAAUGGACGACAAUUAAUUCAGGAAGGAUAUGAGAAGUAUCCCGGGAGAGUCUUCAAAGUUCCCAACCUCCUCGCAUCGGGACGCUGGAUGAUUGUGGCGAACGGUACUCAGCUCGUGGAGGACUUUAGGAAGGCGACCGAGGAUCAGCUCUCUUUCAUUGACGCUGCGGGUGAUCUUCUUCAAGGAAAGUAUAUCAUGGGAAAGUACUCGCAUACCAGCCAUGAAGCGCCAUACCAUAUCGACGUUGUGCGAGGGCCUUUGACGCGGGGAUUCCCUUCGAGAUUUGGGGAUUUGAAGGAGGAAAUCGCGGAAUCGUUCAAGGAUAUUAUGCCGGCGACGAACGAGUGGACCCCUUACCAAGUUCACAAGACAUUGAUUCCCAUCGUGUGUCGAACGACGAAUAGGCUUUUCGUUGGACUGCCACUUUGUCGGAAUCCUGACUACCGUCGCAUCCAAGAGAAUAUGACGAUUCAUAUCUUUGCUACAGCGAACUUCUUGAACUUGUUCCCGGAAAUCGUCAGGCCAAUCCUCGGGAAGCUUCUCUCCAAAUUCCCAGCCGAGCUCAAGAAGGUGGAACGAUACAUUGCCCCCUUGGUUCAAGACAGGGUGGAGAUGGAUGAGAAGCAUGGGACGAACAAAUGGGAAGGACGCCCUAACGACUUGAUUUCUUGGUUGCUGGAUACCGCCCCCGAAGGAUACAAGACUCUUGACGAAUUCGCGUCGCGAGUUAUUUCAAUCAACAUUGCCGCUAUCCACACCACAUCGAUCACCCUCAGCAACAUCCUAUUCGAACUCGCGGCGCGCCAAGAGUACUUUGAACCUCUCCGAGAAGAGAUCGAGACCACUAUUGAGGAAUUCGGAUGGACGAAGGAGUCGAUGGGCAAGAUGAGGAGACUUGACAGCUUCAUGAAGGAAACGAGUCGGGUGACUGGACUCUCUGCAAUCUCAAUGUCGAGGAAGACGAGGACCGAAUACAAACUGUCUGAUGGGACGGUCCUACCUCGUGGAGUUCGAAUUGCCAUAGCCUCUGCUCCCACCCACUUCGAUCCAGCUAUCUACGAGGAUGCCAACACGUUCAAAGGAUUCCGAUUCGCAGAGAUGCGUGAAGGCGAAGGAAACCUUGAGCAUCUCAAGCACCAAAUGGUCUCUCUGGAACCAAACUUCCUGUUCUUCGGCUACGGUCGCCCUGCCUGCCCUGGCCGCUUCUUCGCUGUUAACGAGAUCAAGGCCAUGCUCGCGUACAUUCUUUUGAAUUACGACUUCAAGCUUCCGGGAGACAGUACUGAACCUCCUGCCCCUCAUUGGUUUGGUCAGUCGAGGAGCCCGAACCGGACUGCUGAGAUUUUGUUUAGGAAGCGUCAGCGGUAGAAUAGUAAACCUGCGAAAUGGUGUUGAAGAUGAAAGAAACUUGUCGCAGAAAUGAAUGAAAAAGCU